AUGCAGGCGUAUACCCGCCUCCGCCCAACCCGCCUGUCCGGGAUUUCCCAUCGUGAGCACCACCCACGACCCUACAACGAAGCAGACCCAGAGUCCCUCUACCACUACGGCGUCUUCGACUACCCAAACAAGCUCAUCCAGCAGCUCCUCCAGCACAUCGAGUUCCCUAACGACUGCCGUCGCUAUAACUUGGGAAGAUUGGGGCAGCACCUAAGAGAGCCCGAGCGAAGACGCCCAAGCAGCAGCAAAUGCGCAGUCAAAGAUCGACGCCGCAUUUGGCACCGCUUCCUCAUCUUCGAUCAUUUCCAUUCCGAGCUCACUGCCCUCUUCAACUCGGACUAUGACCCGGGGUGCGUCCUCGACUACGAUGGUCACCACAACCUCCAUGCCGCCUGCAGUCACGUCACCUCGGUGCAAUGA